AUGAAACGUUCAAGUUCCGAUGCGGGCGAGAACGUCUCCACCGGGUCGCGCGCAUUGGCUCCGCUGGUUGCCUCGUUUAAAGCGUCGAACACGGCCGUGAUCGGCAUUGCGCGCUGCUUGAAGGAGCAGCCAGAGAUCAUUGACGACGUGACGAAGUGGAGGAUCAGAAAGGCUCACGAGGAAUUCGCAUCAGGAUUUCUGGAUGCGCCAAUACAGCUGAACUUGUUAAGCGGCGCUGCCUCCGACGUGCCCGUCGUCAAUUUCGCCGGCUUCCUUCAACGCUGCGCUUCCGAAUCUGCGAGCUUCAGAAAUUUGCUGCCCGCAACUUUAAGAGAAUUCCCGUGCCCCCCAGCGGCGCCGUGGGACUUCAUCUUGCACUUCGAUGAGUUCGUGCCAGGCAAUGUCUUGCGGCAAGAUAAAAAACGCAAGACGCUCUCGUUUUACGGGAGCUUCCGCUCCUUCGGCCCUGACGCGGUGUCGAGCGAGGACGCUUGGUUGCCUCUCGCUUUUGUUCGCCACGCAGUGGUCGAUAAGGUUGCUGGCAGGAUACCUGGAGUCGUUCGCCAACUGUUGCGACGACUUUUUAUUGGCCCAGACAGCGCGUCGCAGAGGGGCGCCCGCAUUGAUGGCAUUGGGCCUGGCGGCGCCCCUGCGCUCAUCUUCUUUGAGCUGUCGAACCUGCUGCUGUGCGACGAAGAUGGCGCUAAAAAUGCCUGGCGCUUGAAGGGCGCCGCUGGCGUAAUUCUUUGCGCUCUGUGCAAGAAUGUGCACGGCAUCUACGACCACGCGGAGCCCCUGCUGUCAGCGCAUGACAGGACGAGCGCGCCGGACCUGUUCUUUUCCGCGGACCUGCUCCAGCGUCUGCAAGCCGCGCUGCCCAUGGGCGCGUUAUGCAAGAUGCACGGCGUCAAUCACGUGCCAGAUGGCUUGCUAUUGGACGCUGAGCUUCGCCAGGACGUGUCGCUGGACAUGCGCGCGCACGGCCCAGCACGCUGCAUGAUCAUAAAUGGGAUCGCUCAUAUUGAACUGAGUGAGUUUCUGUGCCGCCUCGCUGCCGUCGGCCUGACGUUGGAGCGCUUCAGGGACAUCGCCAGCGCGCAGAGGCAGACUUGCACCUCUUCAGCGACCAGCGGCAAGCUGGACGCCAACGGGCUUUUCAGCGACCAGCGGCAAGAACACUUGCAGACCAGCAAGAAAUACAGCGCCAAGGCGAGCGAGAUCAUCGCGGCCGUUCGGCUCACUCGGUACGCUCUCGAAUUACUUACCGCUGGGUCCGCUCAGUUCAAGCUGGACUUUGCAAGGGAGCUGGCUUCCCUUGCCGCGCUGGCCAAAUCAAUUUCUUUGUAUUUGUUGGCCAAGAGGGGCGCGGCUCUGGCAGAUGCUUGGGCCGUGGCGCCCCGCGACCACGCCGUGGCUUUCGAGUCUGCGUGCGGCGAUUGCGGCGUGCACAUCCCAAAGUUUCAUUUAUGCAGGCACCUGCCGCGACAGGUGCUCAGGGAUGGGUUCGCAGUUGAUGCGCUUGUGACGGAGAGAUACCGUGACAAAUCACUGCGGGUCGCUGAAUUCAUCGACAACACGCG